UUUUUAUUAGAAGGCUUUUUGUCAGUUUAACACAAAAACGUCAUUGAGUCAUUUUUUGGAGAACUAUUUGGCUGCGGACAUCCUCAACAUUUUCUGAACCUGUGCAGAGGAACAAGUCUUCAGUGAUGUGCAGAGUGCGAGAUGUAGCAGCACUGAUCUGCCUGCUGCUUUUCAAACUGUCAAAGUUUGAGAUGGCCAGUGGGAAAGUCCUAGAGGAGACCUAUCGCAAGUGGGUGCAAUAUAAAGAAGACUGUAUCAGAAUGAUUGAAUAUGAGCCCUUCCCUCAAGGCUUAUUCUGUAACAGGACAUUUGAUAGAUACGCCUGCUGGCCCGACACACCCGCUGGCACCAUUAUCAACAUUUCCUGCCCCUACUACCUGCCCUGGUUUGAUAAAGUGUCUAAAGGUGUUGUGCGUCGGCGAUGCGGUGCCGAUGGCCUCUGGGCGAGGGAGGAGGACGGGCAGGUGUGGAGGGACAUGACCCAGUGUGAGGAGGAGAAAGAGGUGGCAUCUCAGGAGCUGUGGUUCAAACAAUUGAUGGUGAGCUUCAGGAUGUUAUACACGGUUGGCUAUUCCAUGUCCCUCUUCACUCUCAUAACGGCGCUUAUUAUUCUUCUGAGCAUCAGGAAACUACAUUGCACAAGAAACUACAUCCACGCCAACCUCUUCAUGUCUUUCAUCCUGCGAGCUGUAUCCGUCAUUGUCAAGGACACGUUGCUGGAGCGCCACUGGGGACGGGAAAUCAUGAAGCAGGCCGAUCUGAGUGAGAUGCUCAGUCACCAGGCUGCCAUUGGCUGCAGGAUAGCCCAGGUGAUGAUGCAGUACUGUGUCCUGGCCAAUCACUACUGGUUCUUUGGAGAGGCAGUUUACUUGUACUCUGUGCUUAUUGCCUCAGUGUUCAUUGAAAACAGCAAAUACAUACCUUAUAUCUGCCUCGGCUGGGGAACCCCGCUUCUAUUUGUGAUUCCUUGGGUUGUGAUGAAGCUGUUGAAAGAAAACAAAGAGUGCUGGGCUGUCAACGAGAACAUGAACUACUGGUGGAUCAUCCGCUUCCCAAUUUUGUUUGCUUCACUGAUCAACUUGCUGAUUUUCAUGAAAAUCCUCAAGGUCAUUCUCUCCAAAUUACGAGCCAGCAACCAGAAUGGCUAUCCUGAUUACAAACUUCGGCUCGCCAAGGCAACCCUUACCCUCAUCCCUCUGUUUGGGAUUCAUGAGGUCAUAUUCAUCUUUGCUACAGAUGAGCAGACGACCGGCAUUCUGCGCUAUAUCAAGGUCUUCUUCACACUCUUCCUCAAUUCGUUUCAGGGCUUUCUUGUGGGUGUCCUCUACUGCUACGCUAAUAAAGAGGUGAGGACAGAGCUGAAAAGGAAGCUGCACAGCUGGAGGAUAGAGGCGCAGAUGGUAUGCUGUGGACAGUGACUAACCGUGUCCGACUCCAGAGUGGACACUUUCUCCAUCGCCACAGUGCAGGAGCGCAACAGGUCCUCUGUCACACCAACUCGGGUGCUGCCUGAGGGUUCUUCCACUCCGGAGAGUUCACUGACAUUUAGGCGUCAAGUUCAGCUGACUCCCUCAACCCCAGAGGCUUCACUGCUGCACUGCCCCUCAUUGAUGGCUACAGAUGGCAUCUUGCAGCGUGUGGAGCGAGGUGGAGAGUCGUCUGUGGCCAUGCAGGUCUCCUUCCUCAUACAUCUUCAAGACCCUGUGGAUCUCCUCCCACAUGUUGUAAAUACAGAUUCAGAUUGAAUAUAUUCUUGCAUUGACUGUAAAUUUUAAGACUGCAUGGUGUAUGUUGUGAAUAUGUAAAAUUGUGAAUAAUUGUAAAACCUGAGCUUUUUGAGUAAAUAGCACAAAUUAUUUAUAAAAAAUUAAAAGACCUAUUUAUUUAUUUGUUUACUUUUGUUGCUGUUGUUGUUUUCAUUGUGCUAUGAAGUUUGAUGGGUGCAGCAGGGCGAUAUGGACAAAAUCAAAUAUUAUGAUGUCUUUGACCAAAAACCUUAAUAUCAAUAUUGUGAUGAUUUUAUAAGAGUGACUACUGGUGUUUAUGUAAGAUAUUUACACCCAAGAAAUCUCUGAUAAACAAUCAUUAGUAAUGUGGAUAUGAUGACUGAGCAGGUGGUGGCAUACUUUUACUGAAAUGAAGCUUUUAAACCAGGCAAAGACAACAUUUAUACCAUUUCACAAUACUUAUGGUCUACAGGUGUCAUGGGUCAGUAAUUCAUAGAAAUGAAUGUAUUAUUAUUAUCAUUACUUUAUUUUUUUUUAUCACGAUUACUGUCAACUUGUGCCUGUGUUAUUUACUUAUAAUCUUAUUAUUAUCUCUGUCAGUCUU